AUGUCGAUGCUAGAGAGUUUAUGCGGUGCGGGUAAAACAGUUGAAGCCAUAGAGAUGUUGAGCAAGAUUCAUGAGAAAGGUGUGAUUACAGAUACUAUGAUGUACAACACUGUCUUCUCUGCGCUUGGGAAGCAAAAGCAAGUAUCUCAUAUUCAUGAUCUAUUUGAAAAAAUGAAAAAGGAUGGUCCCUCUCCAGACAUAUUCACGUACAAUAUACUCAUCUCCAGUUUCGGUCGUGUAGGAGAAGUUGAUGAGGCUAUCAAAAUCUUCGAGGAGCUAGAGAGUAGUGACUGUAAACCGGACAUUGUUUCUUACAACUCUUUGAUUAAUUCUUUGGGGAAGAACGGUGAUGUUGAUGAAGCUCACGUGAGGUUCAAGGAGAUGCAGGAGAAAGGAUUAAACCCUGAUGUGGUCACAUACAGCACUCUAAUGGAAUGUUUUGGAAAGACAGAGAGAGUUGAAAUGGCGUAUAGAUUGUUUGAAGAGAUGCUUGUUAAAGGGUGUCAGCCGAACAUUGUGACAUACAACAUAUUGCUUGAUUGUCUAGAGAAGAGUGGGAGAACCGCGGAAGCAGUUGAUCUGUACACAAGGAUGAAGCAGCAAGGACUCACACCUGAUUCAAUUACUUACAGUGUUCUUGAACGGUUGCAGUCUGGCUCUCAUGGAAAGUCACGGAUACGUAGGAAGAAUCCGAUAACAGGUUGGGUGGUCAGUCCUAUGUAG